AUGCUCGACAAGUUUGGACUUAAAAAUUUGGCGGUGGUUAGAGUGCCGAUACGUGGAGAGGACGUAGAUGAAGAAAGUAUUCUGCUACCUUCUGGUAGAAGUGGCUUGCCACAAAAACCGACUGCAGGCUUUUCAGUCGCUGGUGGGCAGUCUGCUCUGCAUCGCCCGGUGUAUACGCCCAGACAUUGCGUUUACGGUACACCGAGUGACGCGGCGUUUGCACGCGCCAAAAAGAAGGCGAUUGGCGUCUGA